AUUGCAUUGCAUUGCAUGUUAUAAUUCAAGAUUUUCUUCAUCUUAACUUAUUAUACCUAUUCAUUCUGAUUCUCGAUCCACGCCUUAAUUGCAGGCUGCAGAUGAAUCAACAAUUCAUUCUGUGUUAACUUCCCAAAUAUUUUAAUAAUAAUGCACCAACCUAAGGUAAUGGAAAGAAAUGAAAAUCACAUAGAAGAGGCAGUUAUGGAAAAAAUUGACAUAAUGAAUGAGAAGAAAAGAGGAGGCACAAAAGCUGCAACCCUGUUGCUUGUGAAUCAGGCAUUAGCUACUUUAGCUUUCUAUGGAGUUGGUGUGAACUUGGUUCUGUUCCUCACUAGAGUUCUUGGUCAAGACAAUGCUGAAGCUGCUAAUAAUGUGAGCAAAUGGACAGGAACAGUUUACAUGUUCUCAUUGAUUGGAGCAUUUCUCAGUGACUCUUAUUGGGGUCGUUACUUAACUUGCACAAUCUUUCAACUCUUCUUUGUUCUGGGGUUGGCACUGUCUACUUUGUCAUCAUGGCGUUUCUUGAUUAACCCAAGUGGUUGUGGUGAUGAACACACUCCUUGUAAACCAACAUCAUCAAUUGGAGUAUACAUUUUCUACUUGUCUAUAUAUUUAGUUGCAUUUGGUUAUGGAGGACAUCAACCAACUUUAGCAACAUUUGGUGCUGACCAAUAUGAUGAGAAAAAUCCAAAAGAGAGGGGUUUAAAAGUAGCUUUCUUUUGUUAUUUUUACUUUUCACUCAAUCUUGGAUCUUUGUUCUCCAAUACUGUGUUAGUGUAUUAUGAGGAUACAGGGAAGUGGACAAUGGGUUUCUUUGUAUCAUUGAUCUCUGCUGUGGUAGCACUUUUGUGUUUCUUAUCAGGAUCUCCAAGAUAUAGAUAUUUUAAGCCAUCAGGAAACCCUGUGGCAAGGAUUGCACAGGUAUUUACCAUUGUUGUUAGGAAAUGGAAUGUUGUUCCUGCUAAGCCAGACAAACUUUUUGAGGUCAAUGGCUCCAAAUCUGCCAUAAAAGGUUGUAGAAAAAUCCUGCACAGUGAUGAUUUGAAAUUCAUGGACAAAGCAGCAACAAUUACAGAGAAUGAUGAUGAGAAUAGUAGAAACAAUCCAUGGAGGCUUUGCACUGUGACACAAGUUGAGGAAACGAAAUGCAUUUUAAGAAUGCUACCAGUUUGGCUAUGCACUAUAACAUACUCAAUUGUAUUUACACAAAUGGCUUCACUAUUUGUUGAGCAAGGAGAUGCAAUGAACUCCAGAAUAGGAGAAUUUCGUUUACCAGCAGCAAGUAUGUCUGCAUUUGAUAUCUGUAGUGUCCUUGUAUUCACAGGAGUUUAUCGCCAAAUCCUUGUUCCAGUAGUUGGAAGAUUGAGUGGUAAUCCAAAAGGACUUACUGAGCUUCAAAGAAUGGGAAUUGGCUUAAUAUUUGGAAUGUUGUCAAUGGUUGCAUCAGGUAUGACAGAGAUUGCAAGGCUGAGACAUAUUAUUCCAGGACAAAAGAGUAGUUCAAUGAGCAUAUUCUAUCAAAUUCCACAGUAUGUUUUGGUUGGUGCUUCAGAGGUUUUCAUGUAUGUUGGUCAAUUGGAGUUCUUUAAUGGACAAGCUCCAGAUGGUUUAAAAAGUUUUGGGAGUUCACUUUGUAUGGCUUCAAUGUCACUUGGAAACUAUAUGAGUAGCAUGCUGGUGAACGUGAUUAUGAGAAUCACUGCAAGAGGACAUGACAAAGGUUGGAUUCCAGAUAACCUUAACACAGGACACAUGGAUAGGUUUUUCUUCCUACUUGCAGGAAUAGUUGCUUUUGAUUUUGUGUUAUACUUGUUCUGUGCUAAAUGGUACAAGAGUAUCAGUGUUGAGGGUGGUCAAGAGGAGCUAGUUGAUGAUGUUAAUUGUAAAGUUUGAAAGUUGUUUCAAUGACAAAAGAUUGUCUCUACUUGUAUAAUCAAGUUGGCAUCCAAUGGCCCAGCAUAAGUGGAUUUCAGCUGAUUUAAGUCUCACCACUCACCAUUGAUCGUGUACAUUAAUUCCAUUCAUAGUUUUAUGAUAUAUGAGUAGCAUGUGGCAUCUGAUUUAUGUAAAGUUAAUAAUAAAGUUGGAUAUAUUUCUGCUUUACCAGAUAAAUAAUUAUUCCACUAAUUAAUGUUUCAUUGAAGUAACAAAAUGAGAUGGAGAGCUUUGUUA